GCGACGCGGCGCGGCCUCUUCCCCCGGUUUCGCACGCUCCCAGUUUCCCACCACCUCGCUCCGCCGCACAGGCUGAAACCAUGGCGGAGGCCGUCGGGGAGGAGGCGACGCUGGAGUUCACGCCCACGUGGAUCGUCGCGGCGGUCUGCUCCCUCAUCGUCCUCAUCUCCCUCCUCGCCGAGCGAUGCCUCCACUACCUCGGCAAGACGUUCAAGAGGAAGAACCAGAAGCCGCUCUACGAGGCCAUCCUCAAGGUCAAAGAAGAGCUCAUGCUUCUCGGCUUCAUCUCCCUGCUGCUCACGGUGUUCCAGGGGAUGAUCCAGAAGACCUGCAUCAGCUCCGGCUGGACGCUCCACAUGCUGCCAUGCAAAAGGGAGGAACUAGAGGGUGAGGAAUCAGGGCCCGCCAAGGAGCACUUUGUCACGUCCCAGAUCAUCGGCAGGAUCGGGAGGCGCCUGCUCAGCGACGGCGCGGCGGGCGUCGAGAUCUGCAAGCACAAGGGGAAAGUUCCGUUGAUGUCCCUUGAGGCGAUACAUCAGUUGCAUAUUUUCAUCUUUGUGCUGGCAAUUACGCAUGUUGUAUUCAGUGUUUUGACAAUGGUCUUAGGAGGUGCAAAGAUACAUCAAUGGAAACAGUGGGAGGAUGCAAUUCAGAAAGAUAAUGCUGGAAAUGGGCCAAAGAAAGUGACUGGUGUACACAAUUUCGAAUUUAUCAGGGAACAUUUCAAGGGUAUUGGCAAAGAUUCUAGAAUAUUGAGUUGGCUGCAAAGUUUUUGUAAGCAAUUCUAUGGAUCAGUGGGUAAAUCCGACUACACAACAAUGCGUCUUGGUUUUAUCAUGACGCACUGCCGUGGAAACCUGAAAUUUGAUUUCCAUAAAUACAUGCUGAGGGUAUUAGAGUCUGAUUUUAAGAAAGUGGUUGGCAUAAGCUGGUACUUGUGGGUCUUCGUGGUGAUCUUUCUGCUGCUGAAUGUUAAUGGCUGGCACACGUACUUCUGGAUUGCAUUCAUUCCCUUAAUUCUGCUGUUAGCCGUUGGCACCAAGUUGGAGCACGUCAUAGCUCAGUUAGCUCAGGAUGUAGCAGAGAAGAACUCCGCAAUUGAGGGUGAUUUGAUUGUAAAACCAUCAGAUGACCACUUCUGGUUUGGGCGGCCAAAGAUUGUCCUGUUCCUAAUCCACUUCAUCCUCUUCCAGAACGCCUUUGAGAUUGCAUUCUUUUUCUGGAUACUGACCACUUACGGAUUCAACUCCUGCAUCAUGGGGCAAGUUGUUUUUAUUGUGCCGAGGCUUGUUAUUGGGCUCAUCAUUCAACUUCUCUGCAGCUACAGCACCCUGCCUUUAUACGCAAUUGUAACGCAGAUGGGGAGCUCCUACAAGAAGGAGAUCUUCAACGAGCAUGUGCAGCAGGGUGUCCUGGGGUGGGCUCAGAAGGUUAAGCUGAAAAAGGGAUUCAAGAAGAGCAAUACCACGGCAGAGUCAACCAGCAUCGCCGAGUCAGCAGGGCCUUCUGCUAAGAUUGAAAUGAUCAAACGAACAUCGGGUGAAGGCAACGAUACUACUCCGUUAAACGAGCAGCGCGGGAAGGAAACAAGCAGCGCCAGUGAAAGCAUAGAAUGAUGCAGUUAGAGUAGUGAGUGGCGGUGUCGAAAGCAAUGGUUCGUAUGGUCUGUAUUUUGGUGCUGUAAUGAUGCCGCUUAUUCUUAUGCAGUCAUUAUGCAGAUAGAUCGCUCCUCGUAGACAAGGGGUAAAGAGGAUUUCUGCCCAGGAAGUUGGUUUAUAAUCUUA